AUGUCUUACGAAAUGUUACCAUAUUCCAACCGAGGAAGUGGACGCGAUUAUCGUAACGGCUCUCGACAUGCCGAACCUCCGUACGAAAAUUCUAGCUCAAAGAAACGCUACCGAGAUGCUCCAUUCCAGUCCCGAAUGUCCUUCGAAAAUGAUGAGUUUACUUCUCCUAGCAAAGAACUUCGACGAAAUAGACAUGAUGUCGGAAAGUACCGUCCUGAUUCACGCUACAAUCGUGAUACAAAUGUCAGUCCAAUUCCAAAGAAGCGUAAUAGAAUGGAUCCUCGUGGCGAUGCACCUCCUCCCAAGCCAUCUCGUGUGCUUGGUGCUUUUGGACUGUCUAUGCGUACUGAAGAAAGACAUUUAUACGACAUAAUGAAAAAGUAUGGUGAUAUUGAAGAGAUCAAAGUCGUUCAGGAUAAUUUAUCUGGACGCUCUCGAGGCUUUGCAUUUAUAUAUUUUCGAUCCAUAGAAAGCGCGCGUGCAGCACGGCUGCGGCCACAUAAUCCUACUCCCGGAGUUUAUAUGGGCAAGGAGAAACGAACCAGUCAUAGUGAAUCUGGACGCCGGUCGAAUUUUGAAGAGCAUCAAAGACCUUUGUAUGAAAAUAGAGAUUCCGGACCACGUUCUUCUCAAAGAAUGACUCGACAUCCAACAACUGAACGACCCAAUCGUUUCCGUCAAUCGCCAACAGAAGAGACUAGUCGACCACGCAACUCCAUAGCAUACAGUUCAAGUGAUCAAAACCGGACCCCGAGGACAAACAACAGUGUGACACAAAGUCGAUCGCGUCCAUCUCGUCCCAAUGUGAUGCGUAAUACCUUUGAUAUGCGACGCCAACCGAGAAGUGAAUUUGCAUCAAUGAGUUACAGUUCCGGCACCAACUGA